GCAAUCGAUUACAAUAAUGCAUGCAUCUCGACCAGAAGAUUGGAAAUGCGUAUUAUCUUCAUCAUCAGAAUCAAAAGAUUGAUUAACUGUGUAUCCUUCAGCCAUAGUUGUCAAUUGUUAUCAAUAACAAAUAUUUGUUUUAAUUACGUAAGAUAAAUAUGUAGAACGAAUCGGUGUUUUCAGUAAAUUGUGAAAUAAUGUUUUGGAGACUUUUUAUACCGCGGCCAAACAACAAGGCUUCGAGGGGAUGUAAACUAUGCAGGAUAGAUAAUCCUGAAACAGCAAGAGAAUUCAAUACUUGAUCAAUUAUCACGAAAAAAUAUAGGAAAUACCUAAUAUUAAGUAAUUCAAAUCAAUAUUAGAAAUAGAUUCAAUAUCCGUUCAUUUAAUUCUGCAUAAUCUUAAGUGUUUCAACAAAAACGAAACUUAAAAAACAAUUUAUUACUGCCGUUGUCGUUGUUUUAAGAAAUGAAUAAUUUACUCCCUAAAUUAUCAAGAGCUGCAAGAGCUUCGACUGACCUAGAUACCAAAAGAAACUUUAGCAAGCUAAAAUCCUCACAUUCAGUGAAAAUUGAAAGAUCAACAUGGCCUGACGUAAAGAAAUUUAUCUUAAAAAACGUGGAAGAUAGGAAACAAGUACAAUUUAUUGAAAAGUGCCUUCACGAAUUAUGGCUUGAAACUAAGGAACUCACAAAUAACGAAGAAUCUUCAGAUCUUAUUGAUGACUUGUCAAUCUUCCUUCUUCGUUUGUUUUUGAAUCAGAAACAUGUUUUGGUCAAGCAUACGGCACAGUUGAAGACUUUUUUUGGUGAUGUGUCAAAAAAGCAAGCAAAUCAUAUUUUGGAUAUUGUCACUGCCAUAACGAGUACAUUAAAUGAGGAUGUACUUGAAAAAUUACAAAAGUUUAUUUCAGAAGAUUCUGAAAUGUUUGAAGACGAGAAGAAAAAAAUUUUCGGUGAUUCCAUCAAGUUCAAUUUAUUGUCAGAUUAUUGCCAGGAAACUUUCUUUCUUCAUGAUUUAGGACCUGCAAAAUCGAUUGCUUCCAAUUCUAUCAUUGACGCUUUUUCAAUGAAAUAUGAAGAAAAGAAAGAACCCGAAAUUAUUCAUCAGAACUUUGACCGUUCCUGGCUUGUUACAAGAGUAAAUUCUGAUGUGUUAGAGCCACUCAUUGUGACAUUAAAAUCAAAUCGAUCUAAUGAUGAACUACAAAACGAACUAUUUGAAUUGCUUGGAUUUGACAAUAUUGAAAUUAUUCAAGAAAUUCUCGUGAAUCGUAAAAGCUUACAAAAGAAUUUCGAGUCGAAUGAAAGGAAGGAACAAGUAAAAGAACAUUUAGUAAAAGUACAAAAAGAAGAAAUCACAAAGCCAGCUCCAAAUUUUCUUAUGCCAGUUCUUGUGCAUUCAGAAAAAGAGAAAGAACUUGAAAAAUUAGCAAGAAAAGAUGAAAAGAAAUUGAAAAAUCUGAAAGCAAAUGAUUUAGAUGAAGAUGAUGAAGAAUUCACCAUUGCAAAGCUUCGAUUAAGUCAAACGAAUUCAUUUCUUCAAGUGGCUCAAAGAGCGCCAGUUAUCGUAGAGAAAAGUACGAAUUGGAUUUAUAAAGUCGCUGCACGAGCAACUCCAAAUUAUCCUUUUGUCUUUGAUUCCAAUAAAGAUGCGAAAGCUCAUAUUGGCUUCAUUUCAUCGACGAAAAUUCUUCUCCCAGCAGACACAGCAAGAAAAGACAAUCAAAUGUUUGAAGAAGUGACAAUACCAGCAAAAGAAGCUCCAAGUGAUCUCGCAGUUGGCAACAAACGAAUUCAAAUCGAAUCACUUGAUGACAUAGGACAAAUUGCUUUCAAAGGAACGAAAGAACUCAACCGAAUUCAAACAAUUGUUUAUCCAACAGCUUAUCACACGAAUGAAAACCUUUUAAUUUGUGCACCAACAGGGGCUGGAAAAACAAAUGUUGCCAUGUUGGCAAUCAUUAACACUAUCAGAGCUCACACUGAUCAAGGCGUUAUUCAUAGGGACCAGUUUAAGAUUGUUUAUGUAGCGCCAAUGAAAGCUCUUGCCGCUGAAAUGACAGAAAACUUUGGACGAAAGUUGAAACCUUUGGGAAUUUUAGUUCGCGAGUUGACUGGCGACAUGCAGUUGACAAAAACUGAAAUGUUAGCUACACAAAUGCUUGUAACAACACCUGAGAAAUGGGAUGUUGUGACAAGAAAAGGCGCUGGCGAUGCAUCAAUGAUAAGCUUAGUAAAACUUCUAAUAAUCGAUGAGGUUCAUUUGUUGCACGGUGAACGAGGACCAGUUGUUGAAGCGCUUGUCGCUCGUACAUUACGACUUGUUGAAUCAUCACAAUCAAUGAUAAGAAUUGUCGGAUUAUCAGCGACAUUACCAAACUAUAUCGACGUUGCAAUGUUUCUUCGUGUCAAUCCAGCAAUUGGUCUUUUCUUUUUCGAUUCUCGUUUCCGUCCAAUUCCACUGUCGCAACAAUUCAUUGGUGUCAAAUCAUUAAAGACAAUGCAAGCAUUAAGUGACAUGAAUACAAUUUGCUAUGACAAAUGCAUUGAACAAUUGAGAAACGGAAAGCAAGUCAUGGUGUUUGUUCAUGCAAGAAAUGCUACAACACGAACUGCAAUGGUUUUAAGAGAAAUGGCACAACAAAAGGGCCAUACGUUGAUAUUCAGUUGCGAGAAAAGCAUGGAAUACACGAAUGCGUCUCGCAUUAUGUCGAAAAGUAAAAACAAGCAACUCUAUGAUCUCUUUCAAAGUGGAUUUGGCUUUCAUCAUGCUGGAAUGCUACGCCAAGAUCGAACACUUGUCGAGAAAAUGUUUGCUGAUGGACUUAUUAAAGUUCUUGUCUGUACAGCAACACUUGCUUGGGGCGUUAAUCUUCCUGCUCAUGCAGUUGUUAUUAAAGGAACAGAAAUUUAUGACUCCAAACAUGGAUCGUUUGUUGACUUGGGAAUUUUGGAUGUUUUGCAGAUCUUUGGACGUGCUGGAAGACCACAGUUCGAUAAAAGUGGCUUAGGAAUCAUUAUAACAACACAUGAUAAAUUAAAUCAUUAUUUGUCACUUCUUACCAAUCAAUUUCCAAUCGAAUCGAAUUUUAUUCAAUGUCUUGCUGAUAAUUUAAACGCAGAAAUUGCACUUGGAACGAUAUCGAACGUACAAGAAGCUAUUGAAUGGUUGAGUUAUACUUAUCUCUAUGUUCGAAUGAGAUUAAAUCCACAAGUUUAUGGUUUAAAUUAUACGGAUGUGGAAGAAGAUCCAUCAUUGGAAGCGAAACGACGUCAGCUUAUUCACACAGCAGCAAUGGCACUUGAUAAAGCGAGAAUGAUUCGGUAUAAUGAGAGAACAGGAGAUUUGAACAUCACAGAUUUGGGACGAACUGCAAGUCACUUCUAUAUUAAAUAUGAUACUGUUGAAAUCUUUAAUGAAAUGAUAAAACCGAUAAUGAAUGAAUCAGAAGUUCUCAACAUGAUGGCGAAUGCUCACGAAUUUCAACAACUUAAAGUGCGCGAUGAAGAAAUGGACGAACUUGAUGAUCUUAAUCGUGAUGCAUGUGAAGUUCCAGUAAAAGGUGGAAGUGAGAAUCUUCAUGGAAAAGUUAAUAUUCUUAUGCAAACAUAUCUAUCACGUGGCUUUGUGAAAUCUUUCUCACUUGUUAGUGACAUGAGUUACAUUAACCAGAAUGCUCCAAUUACAAGAACAGUGCUAAGAAUCCGCAUUUCAAUAACAGCUGAUUUCAAAUGGAAUGAUCGAGUUCAUGGAAAAACUUCGGAAUCAUUUUGGAUUUGGAUUGAAGAUCCUGAAAAUAAUUUCAUUUAUCAUUCGGAAUACUUUCAAUUGUCGAGAAAACAAGCAUUGACGCGUGAAUCACAGGAACUUGUGAUGACAAUACCAUUGAAAGAUCCAUUACCACCGCAAUAUUAUAUUCGUGCAAUUAGUGACACAUGGCUUGGAUCAAGUAAUUGUGAAGCUUUAAGUUUCAAACAUUUAAUUCUACCUGAAAUGCAUCCACCACAUACAGAACUUCUUCCACUUCAGCCAUUGCCAUUGAAAGUAUUAGGUGAUCCUAAAUAUGAGUCACUUUACAACUUUACACAUUUCAAUCCAAUUCAGACACAAAUAUUCCAUUGCUUGUAUUACACAGACACAAAUGUCCUUCUCGGUGCACCGACAGGAUCUGGUAAGACAAUUGCUGCCGAAAUUGCAAUGUUCAGAGUCUUCAAUCAUUUUCCUCGUGGCAAAAUUGUUUACAUAGCACCAUUAAAAGCUUUAGUGAAGGAGAGAAUGACAGAUUGGAAGUUGAGAUUUGAAGAAAAGCUUGGAAAAGUUGUCGUUGAAUUAACAGGAGAUGUGACACCAGAUGCAAAUGCAAUAAGAAAUUCGCAAGUUAUUGUGACCACUCCUGAAAAAUGGGAUGGCAUUUCAAGAUCAUGGCAAACACGUGAAUAUGUUCGUGAUGUUGCUUUGAUUGUAAUUGAUGAGAUUCAUUUACUUGGGGAAGAUCGUGGACCAGUAUUGGAAGUCAUUGUGUCAAGAACAAAUUUUAUAAGUUCGCAUACGACAAGAAAGAUUCGAAUUGUUGGAUUAUCGACUGCUUUAGCGAAUGCAAAAGAUCUAGCAAAUUGGUUGGAGAUUGGACAAAUGGGAUUGUAUAAUUUUAAACCUUCGGUAAGGCCAGUUCCAUUGUCUGUCCAUAUUAGUGGAUUUCCAGGCAAACAUUAUUGUCCUCGUAUGGCUACAAUGAAUCGGCCAGCAUUUCAAGCUAUUAGACAGUAUUCACCAUGCACACCAGCAUUGAUUUUUGUGUCCUCGAGAAGACAAACAAGAAUAACAGCCUUGGAUUUGAUUGCUUUCCUUGCUGGUGAAGAUAAUCCAAAACAAUUUCUUAAUCUACCUGAAGACGAACUUGAUCAAAUUCUUAUGGGAAUCAAAGACAAUAAUCUGAAGCUAACACUUGCAUUUGGAAUUGGACUUCAUCAUGCUGGAUUACAAGAGAAGGAUCGUAAAGUUUGUGAAGAACUUUUUUUAAAUCGAAAGAUUCAAAUUUUAAUUGCUACGUCGACACUUGCUUGGGGCGUUAAUCUUCCAGCUCAUCUUGUGAUAAUAAAGGGAACUGAGUUUUAUGAUAAGAAGAUUAAUCGUUAUGUUGACAUGCCGAUAACUGAUGUGCUUCAAAUGAUGGGAAGAGCGGGACGACCUCAAUUUGGUAAUGAAGGAAUUGCGUGCGUGUUUGUGCAUGAUGUGAAAAAGAAUUUCUAUAAAAAAUUUCUUUAUGAUCCAUUUCCUGUUGAAUCAAGUCUUUUGGCUGUUCUUCCUGAUCACAUCAAUGCGGAAAUUGUUGCUGGAACUGUCACUACAAAACAAGGAAUUCUUGAUUAUCUCACCUGGACUUACUUUUUCCGAAGACUUUUAAGAAAUCCGAGUUAUUACAACAUGGAAAGUGUUGAAACUGAUGACAUCAAUCGAUUUUUAUCACAACUCAUUCAAAAUGUCCUCGAUACACUUCAAGCUGCUGGAUGUGUUCAAAUGGAUGAUGAUGAGAGAACAAUUUACGCAACGAGCAUGGGAAGAAUCUCUUCAUAUUAUUAUCUAAGUCAUCAAAGCAUGAGACAUUUUGCUGAUACUUUGAGUUAUUCGUCAAGCAGUGAAGAUGUGCUAAGAAUUAUGUGUGAUGCUUAUGAGUUCGCUGAACAGCCAGUUCGUCACAACGAAGACAAAUAUAAUGAAGAACUUUCAAAAAUAUGCCGUUUAAAAGUCGAUCCUUUGACCUUUGACAAUCCACACACGAAAACGUUUCUUUUGAUGCAAGCUCACUUCUCACAUCUUCCAUUGCCAAAUACUGAUUUUGGAACAGACACAAAAUCCGUGCUUGAUCAAUCGAUUCGUGUUCUUCAAGCAAUGAUUGAUAUAACAGCUGAGAAUGGAUGGCUCGCAACGACUUUAAGGAUUCAAUUGUUGAUGCAGAGUGUCAUGCAAGCAAGAUGGCAAGAUGAUCCAAUUGCGAUGUGUUUGCCUUAUGUUGAUAAAAACAAUUAUUAUGUCUUUAAUGACAUAAAAGUCGAUUAUCACGUGUUGACGUUGCCUUUAUUGAAAGAAAAAUGUCUGAAGAAUUAUGAAAGUCUUGCUAGACCUUUAAGAAAGGAAUUUAAUGAACCAGAGAUCGAGCAAAUCUUCAAAGUCAUCAAAGAGUUUCCAACAAUAAAUAUUGAAAUAAAACUUCGUGGAUCUUUACGAGAUGAAUGUGAGGUUGAUCGAGUGAUUCGUCAACCAUCUGAUUACAAGACAUGGCAUGAAGUUCAUGCUGGUGAAGAAUAUACUUUGAUAGUGAAUCUUCAUCGACUUGGCCUUAAAACUUCAAAUCACAUUUAUUGUCGUUUUCCUAAGCCGAAGAAUGAAGGUUGGUUCUUAACUUUAGGUGAACAAAAUAAUGGAGAAUUGCUGGCAUUGAAACGUGUUUCUUACAAGAACAAUCGAAGUUCUCAUCCGCUCACAUUUUCUGCCCCCACAAAGCUCGGCAAUGUCAUCUACACAAUUUACUUCAUAUCUGAUUGUCAGAUUGGCUUCGAUCAACAAUUCAAUCUUCAACUUCGUGUGAUUGAAGGAAGAAAAGAAAAACCACAAAAUUUCCAAGAAGAAUAUUUUUCCAUCGAUAAAUAAACACAAUCAGAUUAAGUUUUGUUAUAUUUUACUGCUGUUGUUGGCAACAAUAAAAGAUUGAAACGUAUUUUAUUUUGAUUUUUUAUCAACCAAGCUUUGAACAAUUUGAUCUAAUUUUUCUGUGAAUGCUUCAAAUGAAAAGCGUUGUUCGACUCUCUUUCGACCCAUUUCACCCAUUUUUUCUCCAAGCUUCGGGUUUUUAAUGAUUCUUGCAGCGGCAUUAGCAAAAUCUUCCGGUUCAGCUUCACAAAGGAAGCCAGUUUGUUCGUCAACGAUAGUCUCCGUUGGGCCACCACUACUUACAGCAAUGACAGGACGUUUCAUAUACAUUGCUUCUAGAGGGACAAUUCCAAAGUGUUCAUUUGUUGGAGUGUAAUAUAAGAGUUUACAUUGAUGUAAAAGCUUCACUUUGACUUCAUCAGAUGGCGAACGUUCAAACGUUACUUUAUCCUUCAAACCAAGAUUUUCCAUGAUGACCAAUAACUCUUCGUAAUGCUCACGAUUUUCAGUAUUUAAUGAAUCAUACCCACCCGCAAUAACAAGAUGAAGUCGAUCCCAUUCAUGUUUAGUCACAAUCCGCUCUAAUAACUUGAAAGAUUUCAAAGCCAAGGGGAGAUUCUUUUUUCGUUCGUAACGAUUAAUUGAUAACAAAACAAUUGCAUUAUCAUGAAUAUCAUUUGAAAGUACUUCAGUGUUAUCGAAUGAUUUUGUAACCAAUGAUGGGUAUAAGACGUCUGGUGUAACGUUGAGACUUUUGAAAGUUUCACUAAAGACGCGACUGGUGAAUUUGCUGUUUACAAGAACUCCAUCAGCGGCUCCUGUAGUUUUCUCUUCUAAGUAGUUUAAUGGCAUUCGGUAUAUCGUCUUUAAAAUGCCCCCAGGCUUGGUUAACAACUGAUCAGGGAAGUGACAAUAAAACAAUAUUUUUGGCGAGCGAUGAGUUAACUUUAGGAUUGGAAUUCCUAGAGAAAUGAGAUCACAGAAAAUGACAUCAACCGGUUCUUCUUUGGAUUGGAACAACACGACAUAGAAUGCAGCAUAAACCAUUCGAAAGUAAGCACAGAAAGCGUAAAACUUUCCAAAAAUACUUCUUGGAAGCCAAUCACCGACAACUCUUACCCGCAAACUUCCAUUGCGAGUUUCUUCGAAACAAUGAGUGGGAUCAUGGUGAUUUGUCAGGAAGCUAACUGUGUGGCCACGAUUUUGAAGGGCAAUAGCAGCAUCGACAACCAAACGCUCAGCACCACCGAUUCCAAGAUCUGGAUGAAGAAAAAGUAAUCUCAUGUCUGUUGAGAUAAAUUCUGACGUGGCGACCGGAAAAUGAUGAUUUCUUAUUAAUGUUUGUAUUUGAUUUAACACAACUUAACAAUCUAUAUAUUCACUACAA